AUGGAUACUAAAACUACUGUUCAACAACGUAAAAAGAGUUGGCUCUGCAUUUUCCCUGGAUGUAAAGAACCAGUUAAAACACAUUAUAAUUGUUACUCUCAUGUAUGGGAUGCACACUUGAGACAUUUAGCUGCAUCACCAAUAUAUGGAGGAGAAAAAGGACAGGUAUAUAAAAAAUUAACUCAAAGACUGGAAGCUAAAAGACAGUGUGAGCUUUAUAUGACUGAAGUUAAUAAUUAUACUGACAUUGAACAACAACGUUCUAUUGCACGUGCCCGUAUAGGUAAUCCACAAUUAUCUCUUUUAGUUAAUUCAUUAGAUUCUGAAUCUGCAAAUACAGUUUCUAAUGAAGCAAUAAACACAAUAAUUAAUCAAAAUAAUAUUACUACUUCUCCCUUACAAAAUUUAAUCAAUUCGUCACUAAACAAAUCUCUAAAUCUUCCUUCUCAAUCUACUUUAUAUCAAAAUUCAUCUCAUUCUCUUUCUUUUCAAAAACAACUAUCUCCUGUAUUUCAUAUUUGUGAAUAUGGUUCUAAUGAAAUAGAAGAUAAUCAAUUAAAAGAUGUAUUACAACAUGAUGAUUUUAUUCGUAUAGUUCAAAUUAAUGAAAAUUUAAAACGACUUCAUGUUGCCGGUGAGAUACUAGCUGAAAAUGGAUUUUUACAAAGAUCUGAUGCUCGUGUAAAAGAACAUAUUGAACCCCUCAAAGGCUGUCUUGAUAAAAUUUUAAAUUUAACAGGUAAAUCAUUUAACUAUAAUGGGAAAGAUGAAAAAAAUUUAGGUUUUAUAGCACAAGAAGUUCAAGAAGUUUGUCCAGAAUUAGUUCAUGAAGAUGAAUUUGGAUUAUCUGUUGAUGUUAUUGGUAUAAUUCCUAUUUUAGUUGAAGCGUUAAAAGAGAUUAACAGUGCAGCAUCUGAAAGUAAUACAGGGUCCACACAAUGUUUUAAAGAAUUAUCAAAAGCAGCAAAUGACGCUUUAGAAAAUAUUAAAAUGAUUAGUAAGAAACUUCAAGAAAAUGAAAAAAGAAAAGGUAUUGGAACUCUUGCUAUAGAAGAAGAGUCAUUUCACUUCUCUAUAGGACCAGCUAUAAUAACACUUUUACUAGCACUAUUAUUCAGUAUUCUAUCUGGAUUAGUAAUAUUUAUUUUACCUAAAUUACCUGGAAUCUGGUUUUAUUGUUGGGGAAUAACUUGUACGUUAUGGUUUAGUACAUUCCAAAACAAAAAUGAAUUAAAAUACACAGUCCAGAAAAGAAAGUUAAUGUUAUAUUGGAAGAAAGAAAACACUUUAUUUACUUACGUCCUUUUAUUUAUUGGUUUAUUAACUGUAGGAAUGAGUAUUGUUAUGGGAAAUUCUAUAAUAACACUCUGUCUUGUAAGUCUUUGUAUAUUAUUUACAUUAUGUGCUCUAGCAUUUUGGUUUAAUACAAAAUAUAACUUAUCAUUUAAUAUUAUUAUCAGUGUACUGGUUCUGUUCUUUGUUGGCGUUGCAAUUGUAAUUGGGGUAUCAUAUUUAAUUCAACCUGACUAUACUUGUUCAAUUAAUGAUAAUAGAACUGGUUAUUCUUUGACAGUAAAUCUUAAUGAAAAAGUCCCUAAACAACUUGUUUCUCAAUUACCAUGGAAUUGUUGGUCAAGUUCAUUUGAGUUCAGUGAUAAUUUACCUCCAGGAUUUUAUUCUGUUACUGAGGGUUCAGACACUGCUCCUUAUAUUGAAGGAAUUGCAAGAACCAAUUUCCCAACAUUUACAACUAAUGUAUACAUAAAAUGUGUUGAUGUUGCCAGGUUUUAUUGUGGAGCAAUCACCUUUAAAACCUGUUCUUCAAGAACAACAGAAGAUGAUUGUAUAAGAAAUGAUUGUGAUUGGUUCUCAGAAACUGGUGUUUGUCAAUAG